CAUGACCCGCCGCCAGAUGACAAGGGGUCUGCAGGACGAGUCUCCGCAGGACAAAUACAAGCUGGUCGUCGACGGCACCGACCUUUCGAAGCUGUACAAGCAGGCGAGGCCGACCCUUCCGGAUUCUGUGAUUCAAGACGUCAUCUCGUACGUCGACCAAAAGCUGUCCAAGCGUGAGCUGUGCGUUGACGUGGGCUGCGGGCCGGGCCAGAGCACUGAGCUGUAUUGUCCCUUCUUCAAGAACGUGGUGGGCGCCGACAUCAGUCACUCGCAGAUUGAGGAGGCCAACGCCAGGAGGAACUACGGAAACGUCACCUACAUGUGA